GAAAUUGAUAAACAUGUCGAUACAAAUAUGCUGCCGCGAUCAGCGGAAAAUGGGUCAUGUGAUCGAUCAGAUAAAGAUACUUGCCAAUAACUUGGACGAAUUACGGGCUGAGAUAAAUACCUUAAGAACAAAUGUGAAGGAUAAAAUGGAUUGUUCACAUGGAAGUGAUUUUCAGCGAAACAAAAGUAGUAAAACCGACGUUGUGAACAAAGUUAAAAAAUACAUCAAAAAGGUAACGAGCAUGUAUUCACUGAAGAAGGCACAAAAGAGUAAUAAAAUUCGAGAGCCUUACUAUUGUACGAAUUUGGAUCCCCAAUUGCCUUCGUUUUUAAAUUACGUGUUACGCACUGAGAAAAAGGAAGGCGUGAGACAAGAACCCACUAAGAUAAAAUAUUUGAAGAACCAAGGCAAUCAAACGACCGAGAAAUCUGAAUGCCAUCAGUUCGCUGUACGAAGUCCAACCGCAUCUAUAAACGUACAGAAUGUGGAAGAUAUUCGUUAUAGAGCUUCAAUUGCGAAUGAUGGAAAUGGGCAACGCGAUGAAAUAAUGUAUCCGAGUAAAAAUGCAAAUCUUGCUCCAAAAUGCUCCGAUAUUAGCUGUGAAUUGUACGUACAAGUAGAAAAUCCAGUAUCCAAGAUGAACAUUUUCUCUGACUCGUUUACUUCCAACAAUUACCCAGAAAACGUGGAAGUAACAUUGUUAAAUGGCAAUAACAAACCAUCCUCGACGAAAUCGACGCAAACCGAAGUAUCAAAACUAGGACGAAAACACAGGAACUUGAACUUUCAGUAUAAACAUCCGAACUUCUGUUUUUCGAGAAUAAAGAAUGCUGUGAUAACGAGAAAAAUUGUAAGAAAUACGAACGAAAGUACAUAUACAGUGUGCGGGGACCUCGGCAACAUGAGAAGUUACACGUAUCUGAGAGAGGAACGUUGCAAACGUUGUAAUUGCAAACGGAGAAGAGACAAUUCUAUGGAAUCAAAUUAUCAAGAUGCAAAUGUGGAAAAUUUGGCACUUGAAAAAACUGUUCUGCAGUUGAAAAAUAAUCCAGGCACACAUAAUGAUGUGUUGCCACACUUUGUAUCUGACGAGGAACCGAAUUUGACGCCCUCCUCGGUUUCACUAAAUUUGGAAGUAAACACAUCUAACAACUCAAAUAAGAUCAAAGAAUUUUCGGAUCGUAGAAAACCACGAACCUAUGUAGUACAUAAAACAACUCAAAAACGUAAUCAAGAUAAUUGGUUGAACCGCUUCGAGAGGAGCGUCAUUUACGUAGGGCCAAUUUCCGAUUUGAGCCUUUCUUCGAAUAGUUUUUCUAAUCACAAUAAUUGUUUCAAUUAAUGAAAAUUUUAUUACAAUUAUUUGG